UGCCUCAAAACCGAUGCUUAGCUUUUAUUCUAAGACAGGAAGUAAGGGUUUAAAAAAAAAAAAAAAAAGAAACUAUCCUCCCUGGAUAAGAGGGUCCUUACUCCCUCACACACCUUUAUCUCUGCUUUAUCCUUCUGGCAACUCUAAGGUUUCUUGUUCUAUAGACUCAGCAGAAGUGAUUCAGUCCCGGGUAAAUGACCAGGAAGGAAGAGAGGAAUUCUACGUACAUUAUGUGGGCUGUGAGUACCUGGGUUAUAUGGAGACAGGACAGUUUGUGGUUUUUUUUCCCGGAUGGCAAGAACCAACUGGGAGCCUAAGACAACAGAACCUAGAAUGGGGAGUUGGGUGGGCAUUUGAGUUUUCUCCUCUCAACUUUUCACCUCUUUCAGUUAACCGUCGGCUGGAUGAAUGGGUGGAUAAGAAUCGGCUGGCCUUGACCAAGACAGUGAAAGAAGCUGUUCAGAAGAACUCUGAGAAGUACCUUAGUGAACUAGCUGAACAGCCUGAACGCAAGAUCACCCGCAACCAGAAACGCAAGCAUGAUGAGAUCAACCAUGUGCAGAAGACCUACGCAGAGAUGGAUCCCACAACAGCAGCACUAGAGAAGGAACAUGAGGCGAUUACCAAGGUGAAGUAUGUGGAUAAGAUUCAUAUUGGAAACUAUGAGAUUGAUGCCUGGUACUUCUCCCCAUUUCCAGAAGAUUAUGGGAAACAGCCCAAACUUUGGCUCUGCGAAUACUGCCUCAAAUACAUGAAGUUCGAGAAAAGCUACCGUUUCCAUUUGGGGCAGUGCCAGUGGAGACAGCCACCUGGAAAGGAAAUCUACCGAAAGAACAAUAUCUCAGUGUAUGAAGUAGAUGGCAAGGACCAUAAGAUUUAUUGCCAGAACCUGUGUCUGUUGGCCAAGCUCUUCCUGGAUCACAAGACCCUGUACUUUGAUGUGGAACCAUUUGUCUUCUACAUCUUGACAGAGGUGGACAGACAGGGGGCCCACAUCGUGGGCUACUUCUCUAAGGAGAAGGAGUCUCCAGAUGGGAAUAAUGUGGCCUGUAUCCUGACUCUCCCCCCAUAUCAGCGUCGAGGUUAUGGCAAGUUCCUCAUUGCUUUCAGUUACGAAUUGUCCAAGUUGGAGAGUACUGUGGGUUCUCCAGAGAAACCACUGUCAGACCUUGGCAAACUGAGCUAUCGGAGUUACUGGUCCUGGGUGCUACUGGAAAUCCUGAGGGACUUUCGGGGUACACUAUCCAUCAAAGACCUCAGCCAGAUGACCAGCAUCACACAAAAUGACAUCAUCAGCACUCUGCAGUCACUCAACAUGGUCAAGUACUGGAAGGGGCAGCAUGUCAUCUGUGUCACCCCCAAGCUGGUGGAAGAGCAUCUUAAGAGUGCCCAGUAUAAGAAGCCACCCAUAACAGUGGACUCUGUUUGCCUCAAGUGGGCACCACCCAAGCACAAGCAAGUAAAGCUGUCCAAGAAGUGAUCCGGUGUUCUGACCAGCCCCCCUGCAUUCCCUACCCAGUGAUCGUCUUAGACCUGGGAGGGAUGCCUCUUUUUCAGUUUGUAAAUAUGUAUAGACUCCUCUGCCUACCUUCGAGCCCUAAAUAUUUUUUUAAUAAAAGAGAUUUUAGCUUGUCACAA